UACAAUGUAGCAAUUUGUCUAUUAAUGCCAAUAACUGCAACUAAGCUGCAUUAUUCCACCGCUGCACCGGCGUUGCCGAGUGCACGGCCGGCGCCAUCGAAGCGCAACGCCGCCGAAUGGGCUCGUUUUGCCAGCGAAUUCCCAAGCAUACCCCCUCAUCCAAGAGUAUUCCAACAUUAACUCAUAUUUUGCUCGCAAGGGGACAUAGAUGGCUCGCUGCGCAUUUGGUCUCCUCCACUUUCACGCCAGCAGCGAGGCCAGCCUGGGCUGAGUGCAGCGUGGCGGGGCAGCAGGGCUUUUAAAAACGCCUCUCAUGGCGGUUUGUUUUGAAUGUCAAAGGCUCAAGCUAGCGAUACGUCUGUAUAUUGUUGAUAGCAUAACAGGCUAGCCAGGCUAACUAGCUUGGCUAGCCAAAAUUGAGCCCAGAUGUAACACAACCAUGGCGUUACAGCUGAAGGUUGGUGGUUUUGUUUAUCGUAUCGCCGCUUUCAGUCGCUCCUGUGAUUGUUAUUUCAAGCGGAACAAGGCGGAUAGUGUUGUUUGGUAGGUGUAGCUGUUUGGGGGAAACGCUAGCUAGCAUGUAGCGUCUCCAUUCAUAUAAUGCGCAGUGGCGCUGCUAAUGGCUACGAUCCGCUGCCUUUGUAGAGCGGCGAGUGUGCAAACGUUGUCACCCCGCCGCCACUGUGUCUUGUGUGGCCGUCUUAAGGUGUUUGUGUGUGCUCACUGCCAGAGACGUCCUAAGGCGCCACGGAGAGACCGCAGUUAAAACCUCCCCCAGGUUGCGUGAAAACCGCGCGUUUUCAGUUUGUCUUUCACCUUCCACUGCUUGGAUGACGUGCUGCAAACUUUGCCUCCAUGGAGCUUCACAUAAGACAAACACAUCGCGUUGAAGAUGCUUUUUUUAGUGCUACAAUGUUGUCAUGGAUGAUGAAGACGGCAGGUGCCUUCUAGAUGUGAUUUGUGACCCAGAAGCUCUAAAUGACUUUCUUCAUGGAUCUGAGACCCAUUUGGACACUGACGACCUUUUGGAUGGUUCGGGUGACCCCUCCAGCUCGUUCUUCUCUACCACCGGGGGCCAUGUUCCAGAGGUCCAGCCGACAGUCCAGCUCUCGGCCAAUGAGGCUGCAGGCCUGCCUAGAGUCAGUGUUGACCUGGACUUCCUGGAGGAUGAUGACAUCCUGGGAGGAUCCCCUGACGGGGAAGGCGGCAGCAACGGCAUCGGGGCAAACCACGAGCCGUGCGACAUCCUCCAGCAGAGCUUGGCCGAGGCCAACAUCACAGAGCAGAGUUUACAAGAAGCCGAGGCCGAGCUGGACCUGGGCUCCUUUGGAAUCCCAGGCCUCACGCAGGUGGUCCAGACGCUGCCCGACGCCAGCCUCUCGGGAGCCGGGGGUGCCGCCGUCGGUGUAGGCAUUGGCGUCGGGGGGGCAGCGGCAAUCUUUCCCGGGUCGGCCCCGAGUGCCACUGCGACGCCCCCAAACGCCACGGCCGACAUGUUGGGGUCCGUGCUGGCUCAGCAAGGCCUCCAGCUCCAACCACAGGUCAUGAACAAGGCCAUCAGCGUUCAGCCCUUUAUGCAGCCGGUGGGCCUCGGAAAUGUGACACUUCAACCAAUUUCAAGUCUUCAAACGCUUCCCAACGGGAGUCAGUCUGGACAUUUGGGGAUCGGACAGAUUCAGGUUGUGGGUCAGCCCACAGUCAUGACUAUCAAUCAGUCUGGGCAGCCCAUCUUGGCCAAAGCCAUGGGCGGCUACCAGCUGCAUCAGUCUGGGCCAGAGGUAUCGGGGGCUCCUACUCAGACGGGGCUCGGGGCUUCAGGCGGUGGACUUCUCAUCCAAAGCAACAAAACCACUUUGGGAUCUCCAGCUUUAAAUGGACCGGCUGCAGUCGUUAGUAGUACGAACAGUAGCGGCACCAUGACCGCUCCUGCUGGACUUGUGGGCUUUGGAGGGACCCCCCUGAGUUCAGGAAUUGCAGCCCAAUCUCAAACCCAAGGCCAGAUCAUGCAGAAUGUGAUUAUUCAGCGCACACCAACACCCAUUCAGCCUAAACCCCCUCAGGGGGGAGCCAUCCAGCCCAAACUCUUCAAGCAGCAGCAACCACAACAACAGCAACAGCAGCAACAGCAACAGCCACAGCCGCCACCCCAAAACCUGCAAAACGAUGCCACCAAGGCUCUUGGGCUGCAGCAAAUUCCAGUUUCUGCGGCUCAGAAUGUAACUUUCCUGACUGGAAAACCAGGCUCAAAUGUUGUACUCAGCACUCAAACGACACAAACCCCUCAGUUCCAGCAAACCCUGUUCAAGCAGCAAGCCGCGCAACCGUCUGGCAAACCCCUCAGUGUCCACUUGUUAAACCAAUCAGGCAGCAUCGUUAUUCCCUCUCAGACGGUUCUACAAGGUCAGAACCACCAGUUCCUCCUGCCACAGUUGCAGGCAGGUGGGCAGAUCCUGACCCAACACCCCGGGGGACACAUCAUCACAAGUCAGGGUCCUGGUGGGCAGCUCAUUGCAAACCAGAUUUUAACUGCAAAUCAGAACAUCAACCUGGGUCAAGUGUUGACGUCCCAGGGUCAUCCUGGGGCCGCCCACAUCCUGUCCGGGCCCAUUCAGCUCCAACCUGGCCAGAUGGGCACGCCCACCCUCUUUCAGAUGCCCGUGUCUUUGGCUCAGACAGGCCAGACCCACACAGUCUCAGGACAUGCCCCGACAGUCAUACAGGGAAUGCCCAUUCAGAACUCCCUGACUAUGCUGGGCCAGGUGGAGGGCUUGAGUCCUGCAGUCAGCCUUCAGCCAGCCCUGCAAACCCAGCCGGGCGGUGUCCCCAGCAGCAGCAGCAGCAGCAGCAGCAGUAGCAGCAGCAGCAGCGGCGCAGCCACCAUGGCGGCCACCAUGGUUCAAGGACAGCCCGGGGAGUGUGUGACGGUGCUGGGAAGCGCCACAGACCAGGCCGCUCAGCCUGCCCAGCAGCAUGUGGCGCAGUCCUCCAUCCUUGCCAUGCAGCAGGCUCCCUGUGUGGUCACCACAGUGGCUUCCUCCACUCCGUCCAUGUCCACGUCUUCGCCAGUGACGGCAGUCGGGCUGGUCCCCCCGCAGGCUCAGCACAGUCCUGGGAGGCUUCUGUUCACCAACCAGGGCUCCAGCAUGAUCCUGAGCCAGGAGUCUCUGCAGAUGUUCUUGCAGCAGCCGGGGGAGCAGCACCACCAAACAGAGAACCAUUCCGCCCCCACCGUAGGGGUCCCGGCAUCUGUAAUCGUCAGCAGCACCGACAUCACAACUCCAGCCCCCGCUGUCCAUGACAGCCUAUUAAGUGACUCAUUGGUGGGUCAGAGCCCCUCCCCUGGCCACUCCCACUCGGUAAAGCAGGUACCCUCCACUGGGCACCAGCAACCCCUGAAGAUCCAGAGCAUGUCCCCCACGCCGGUCCUGACCAGCCACACGGCGGGGCCCCCGGUGUCCGACAGCCCCCAACCCUCCCAGUCCCCACUGACCCUGAGCCAGCAGAUCCAGUCGCCGCACCAUCAGCAGUCACGUCCUCCCUCGCAGCCUCAGCCGGCGUCACAAACGUCGUCCCGCUCGUGCACACCCUCCUCCCACCCUCCACUCUUCAUAGUCCACAACCAAGUGGCCGAGUCGCCGCAACCCCAAGUGGCUCCGGGCCAGCCCCAACAGGCUCAGAUCCAAGUUCAGCUCCUGCCUCAGCCGCGGCCUGCCUCCCAGCCGGCGCCCUACCAGCCGCCCGAGCAGCCCCCCGUGUCGCAGUCGCCCAAGCCCCCGCCUGCUCAGCACCAGUUUGCCGCGCCUCCCGUCAGCACUUUGGCCUCCGCCGUGUUAAAAGCCCAGCUUCCCGUCCACAGCCUGACGGCGGAUCAGCAGCAGCACCUGCAGCUGUUGGGGUCGCAGAUCCAGACGCUGUCGGCCAUCAGCCAGCCGUCCCUGCAGCAGAAGCAGUUGCUGGAGAAGCUUCACCAGAUCCAGCAGAGCAUCCUGCUGCAGGUCAAGCAGCCUGUUCAGGUCCUGCCUCCGGCCAACAGUCAGUUUGGCGGCCAACAAGAUGUGCCUGCGGACAAAACGGCGAUCACCUCAUCGGCCAGCGCCAUCACACCUGCUCAGCUGGCCCCGGCCCUGCAGCCCACGUCAGUGCUCAUCACGAGUGCUGCUACAGCCUCAAGUGACUUACAGGUAGUCUCAGGAGUCCAGGGACCAGCUGGAGCCAAGGUGAAUCAAACUAUCGCUCCUGCGAGCCUUACUCAGCCUGCACAGAUUCAGCCAAAGCCCGGAGUGAUCAGCUCAGUGGGGGGGGUGACUCUGGGCAAAGGCGGCAUGCAGAUACACGUGUUAGGCGCCAACGUCACCCAAAUGCCUGCUCCACAGCCCCCCGCUCCACUUCAACCUCAGACAACAAUGAAUAUGCCUUUCAGCACAGAGCCCAGCAAAGAAGCCAGGAUGUUGGAGCAGCUGAGGAAACAUCAAGGCUCGGUGCUUCACCCCAACUACAGCGCUCCUUUCUACUCGUUUGAGGACACGCUGCACAGACUGCUGCCUUACCAUCUCUACCAGGGAACUGCCAACUCCUCUCAAGACUACCAGAGAGUGGAUGAUGAAUUUGAGAACGUCUCCUGCCAGCUGCUGAAGAGGACGCAAGCCAUGCUGGAUAAAUAUCGCCACCUGCUCUUCACCGAGUCAAAGCAGAGACUCGGGCCCUCGGCGGAGAUGGUGAUGAUCGACCGCAUGUUCAUCCAGGAGGAAAAACUCGCUAUCAGCCAGGACAGGAUUCUGGCCAAAGAAAGACCAGAGGAGUUUGUGGCAAACGCGCGCCUGUUGGAGAGUUUAGCUUCUUCCCAACAGAAGUCACCUCCACCCGAGCCCACCUCCAGCGUGGCCCCGCCUCCAGCUGCUGUGGCCCCGCCCCCGGCUCCUGCUCCGCCCCCAGAACCCGCGCCUCCCGCUCCUUCCAUUCCUUUUCCAAAACCUCCACCUCCGACCCAGACCCCGAGCCCGACCCCAUCACCAGCCCCCGCUCCUGUCGCCAAUGUGGCCACCCCCCCUCCUAUGGCCUCCUUCCCCCCAACAAAACUGGUGAUAAAGCAAGGGGGGGGCGGCGCCUCGGUGUCGUGGUCGAGCAGCUGCCCCCCUCCUCCGCCGGCGGUGAGCAGGCCGGGGCCCGAACCUGUCGGUCAGAGCUCCUCCUACCCUCGCCCUCCUGCGGCAGCAGCAGCAGCAGCAGCAGCAUCAUCAUCAUCUUCAUCAUCAUCAUCGUUGUUCUCCUCUUCCUCCUCCAAGUCCCAAAUGGCCGACGAUGACGAUGCACUGCCGCAGAGGACCAGCAAGCCGCCCAUCAAGACCUACGAGGCGCGCAGAAGGAUCGGCUUGAAGCUGAAGAUCAAACAAGAUCAGACUGGCUUCAGCAAGGUGGUCCACAACACAGCCUUAGACCCCGUGCACACCCCACAGUCCGCAUCUCACCCCGAGACCCCCAAAUCCCACCCCGUAUCCACGCCGCCCCCCAGUGUUAUCAGAGCCCAGUCGCCGGUUUUCUCCACUGCCCCCUCGUCGGUCGCCACGGCGAUCACCCAGUCCAACCCGCCCCCGAGAGCCCCGCCCGCCACGCCUUCCACACAAAUGAACGGCACUUUGGAUCACCACGAAGUGGGCGGGGUCAAACACAACCCUGCCUCCACCGCCGCACCCUCGCAGACCACCUGCCGCCUCCCCCUCAGAAAAACCUACCGGGAAAACGUAAGUCCCAGAGUCAGGCCAGGCGUCCCAGGCGGCGGGGACGACACGGUGUCCUACCCCACGCCGUCACUGUCCCCCGCCUCUCACGAGCUCUCCCCCACGGAGCGGACAGUCAUAGCCAGUGUGAAGGUGGAGAAGAGAGGCCGGGAUGGGGGCUCGGGCCAUGUGGGGGGGUCGGUGCGGGGCUUGGACGGCGUGGACGAGGUCUUCAACCGCGGCCUGAAAGGCUCGCACCACCACCACCUCCCGCAUCACCUGGACAGGGAGGGCGUGAAAGGCAGGGGGGAGGAACGCUCGGAGCAGGACGUUGAUUUCGCCAAGUACAAGAGGACGAGCGGCAAACACAAACAGCGGCAAGCUGGGACCUUCCGAAUGGACCAGCAUGCGCCCGGGCCCCCUUCCCCCGAGUUCACGCGGGACUCGUUGCUCCCCUCCAAGCGCUGCAAGUCGGACUCCCCCGACAUGGACAACGCCAGCUUCUCCAGCGGCAGCCCCCCCGACGACUCCCUCAACGAGCACCUGCAGUGCGCCAUCGACAGCAUCCUCAACCUGCAACAGGAGCCCGCGCUGCGCGGCCACCACCACAAGGGCGGCAACGGCCGGACGCACCAAAACCCGCGCUCGGGGGGGCCGCCCUCGUCCUCCACCGCUUCCUCGUCGUCCUCGCUGGCCCAGCACCCUCAGGUCAGCGGCCGCGGUCACAAUGGCAGCCUGGUGCCGCAGACUCAGAGCAGAUAACAGCCCCCCCCCAACCCCGAAAUGGACUGACGGGGGGUGGGGCACCCGAGAGACACGCUCUGUGCAGGCGGGUGGGAGUGGGGUGACCGGGGGGGGGGGGUUGGCACUGUGAACUGUUACUCUGCCAAGAUGUGACGUGUGUGUCUGUGGAAUUGAGCAGUCAUGUUUGUUGUCUUGUCCAGCCGGCUUGUGUCUCUUUGUUCACCUUUUGUCAUGUGACCUCCUCCUUUGACCACAUUCCACAUUUAAAUGCUGUUUCAGCGUCCGCAAAGCAGUCAGUCAUUGUCGCACAAACUAGGGAUUGUGUUCAAAUGCCGACACUGCAGAGUACAAGCGUGUAAAACUGAAAGUGCAGAAGCAUCCAUAAUUACAUGAAAACUCCUCCGGCGACCAUCUUUUAGCAGUUACAGUCAAACAGUUUUUAUUUUGCAAACUGUCAUGAUUGCUUUCGGUCAGCAGGGGGCAUGUCAGGCUCAUCACUACAUGACCCCUCCCUCCCUUGUGUGUGUGUUUUGUUUGUAUUAUUUAAGCCUGGCGGACAAGUCCAACGCAGCACAAGCAUGGAAACGCAGAAGGAAAAGAAAAGAAAAGAAAAGGAACAAUAAUAAUGUACAAAAAGACCGCAAGAGAAUUUGAAGUAUAGUAUUACAGAUUAAUUUUGUAUUGUAUUUAUUGUGUAUAAGGAUACUUUUUAAAACAAAACAAAUGUACAUUUAGUAAAACUGUAAAUUAAACCUUGCUUCUUUUAUGAAUCGCCGCCGACCUCGUCCUCAUUUCUUCACCGCUUCAAGUGUAUAAAAAGUUGUAAUGGUAGCGUGUAGAAACGAUAACGCACGCUGCCUCUGAUGACAAGAUUCAGGGUCGAACGUCGAAGUGUAAAAAGAAGUGGACCACUGCUAACAACAUAAAAACACUCGUUCUUUUUUUCUGUUAAAGGGCAAACCUUGAAAUCCUCAUUCACAACCUUGGUAAAUGCUGUUCAAGUGUGAAAAGAAGUGAGUUGCACAAAACCCACAUCUGACUUUAUAACUGUGAUUGCCUUUAGAGUGUAAAAAGAAGCAAACCAAUGUUGAUAUCCUGACUUGAAACCACUAUAUCAAAUGCUUCAUCUCCAUUAAGGUGUAAAAAGAAAAGAAGAACCACUGUUAUGAGUAAAAUGGGAACACAAAACGUGCAUCUCACUCGAUAAUCGUCACUGCUUUUAAGGCGGAAAAAAAGUGUUCCAAUGUUGUUGUUCCGGCCUAAAAACAAUAAUGCAUAACCUUGUUAAUUGUCAUUGAAGCGCAAAAAGAAGUCAACCAAUGUUCAUAUCCUAACCUAAAAACACUCAUUCAUAAACAGUAAUUACCAUUAAAGUGUAAAAAGAAGCAAACCAUUAAUAUUCUGACCAAAAAACGCUCAUUCAUAAGCUUGUUAAAUGCCGUUCAAGUGUAAAAAGAAGUCAAGCACUGUUCAGAUUCCAACCUGAAGACAGUAAUUCAUUGCUGUUAAAGUGUAAAAAGAACCCAACCAAUGUUGAUAUUCCGAUCUAAGUCAUUCAUAACUUUGCCAUUAAAGUGCAAAAAGAAGCUGCAAAGUGCUGUUGAAGUGUGAAAAGAAGCAAGCCGCAGUAUCUGACUUAAUAAUCACCAUUUACGUGUAAAAAGUCAUACCCUGACCUAAAAACACUCAUAAAUGUAUUAAUUGCCGUUAAAGUGUAAUAAGUCAAGCAAAGUUAAUAUUCCCACCUAAAAACCCUCAUUCUUAGAGGAAAAGUGCACUUUUUGAAAAAUGUUGCCCAUCCUCCACAAUCCUUACGUGAGACAUGAACAUUUCUCUUUUCUGUUCUAAAGAUAUAAAAGCAGACAAAAAGAGGCAGCUCAUUCAUGCACGAAGUAGGACACACCUAUUCCGCCUAGAAAGCCCGCAAUUAAAACACCUGC